AAAAAAAGACUGCUGAAAGACGACUUCUCUGAAAGACUGAACAUAGUUGCCACUUUAGCUGGGCCAAUGGGAAAAACCCUUCUUCCCUUCAACACGGCUGGCCUUUAACCAAUGCUAAGUCGAGCUUCGGCUGGGAGAGGAACUACUUAUAGGAAACCAGAGUUUGAGUGUGUAUUUUGCGCAGCUGAAGAAAGGGAAGAGAGAACGUCAGUCAAACAGAGACUGUCAAGUAAAGAAAAGAAAAGAAAAUGGAGCUUCCACUGCUUUUAUCUCCUCAGCUGAAUACUUCGAAGGUGAAAUCAUUGUGCAAAAUCAUGAAAUCCAUGAAUAAAGAGGGGACGAAGCCAGAAACGAAAAUCAGGACUGAAGAAAAGAGGAACCGACUGAGUCUCCUGCAAAAGCCGUUGUUGCACCCAAGUGUUGAUCUUGACAAAUUUGAGAAAUUGACAAUGGCUUCAAGUGUCUCCCCUGAAACUGUGAAGAAGUGGGGCGAAUCUUUUGACAAGCUGAUUUCCCAGAAAGGUGGAUUAGAUGCAUUCACAAGGUUCCUAAGAAGCGAAUUCAGUGAAGAAAACAUUGAGUUUUGGAUGGCAUGUGAAGAUUACAAGAAAAGCAAAGGUGCUUCUCAACUUUCAAUGAAAGCAAAGAAAAUUUAUGAGACGUUCAUCGAAAGAGAGGCUCCAAAAGAGGUCAACCUUGACUUUAACACCAAAACCUGCAUCAGUCAGAACAUGAGUCACCCAACGCUCAACAUUUUUGAUGCUGCACAGUCCAAGAUCUAUGCCCUGAUGGAGCAAGACUGUUUCCCACGUUUCCUGAAGUCCAACCUUUACAGUGACCUGCUCCAUGGCCGACCGCUUGGUUGUUCUGCGCUUAGAAGGAGAUCACGUUCUUUUACUUUCAAUGAGUUCAAAGAUGCCCAGCCAGAUUUUGCCAUCUGGCUGUAAACUAUGGAACCUUCUUUUGGACUCUACUGCUUUGGGAACAUCUUCACACCAGCUGAGGAGCACCAUCACAUUAGGGAUCUUCCCAGAGAACCAGUUGCACAUGCCGAUGAUCUAAUCUGGAAGCUUUUCGUUUCACUCAUUGCAAGGAUAGCCAACAGCAUGUUUAUUCUCAGGUCUAUUCUGCCUUCCAGAUGGUCAUCUGGGCAUCAAGACUGGUCAGAUACUGAACAAAUCUGGUUGUUGUCAUUAAGCAAUAAAGGCCAGGUGGAGCACAUGCACUCAGGUAUAAACGUUUUUAGAACAACUAUAUAUGAUUACGUAUUGCUUUCAAAAUACAAAUGAGAGGUGUAACAUUCAA